GGUUAAAAGGAAAAAUCUGUGUUCCUGAGUAGUUGCCAAUGUCCUAAGAAUCAAGAAGAAUUUCUAGGACGGCCCUUUGCGUGUGGAAUUCUCGCGCCAAAGAAACAUUGCAAUCCUUAAACACACAAACAAAAAAAAACAUUCACCAACUUCAUCAUCACUAUAAUAAUAUUAGAGACAACAACCUUAAAAAAACAUCAUCAUUGCUACAUUUUCCAACAUUAUAUCUUAUGAUCAACAACAUUGCCUUUUUAUGCUUUGAUUCAACACCACCUGUUUUUUAUGAUCCUUUCCUUGGAUCCUUGUCGCAUACCAAAUUUAUAUUUUAAAAAAUACCCCCUUUUGAAUCUUGCAUUUACAUUUGAAAUUUCAGAGUUUUGAUUCUUCUUCCUACAAAUCCUUGGUGGGUAUUGUGGAAUUUGUGCCUUCAAGAAAGUGAUUAUAGAUAUAAUGAAAAAUGAUUGCUUUUGGGUUGAUGAAGACAAUGUAGACAUUUUAUGGUUAUUGGGUUUAUGCCUUGAUGUAACAAGAAGCAUAUGAAGGAUCAAUGGUAAUUCAACAAUAUAUGGGUGUCAUAAAGUCUACAUUUUGCAUUGUUUUGGUUCUCAAUAUUGUAGCAGCUGUUGUCACCAUUAAUGUAGGAAAGAAGGAAACAGAAGAUGAAUUCAUUACCCAACUGUUUGAUCCUGCAUCUGGACUAUUGGAUGAGGACACGGCAGAAAUGCUAUGGAUCACUUGCAUGGAAGAUUUGACUCAUGUAAAGAAACAAAUUGGAGAUGUUGGCAACAAUGAAAUUAACUCAGAAUUUGGAUCAAUAACAAGAGAAAACAUCCAAAAAUUGAUUAGUACUUGCAAUCCACAGUUGAAGGAAAACUACCUUAACUGUUUGAGAAAAAAUAUUGCUCCAUUCCAAGAUGAAUCCAACAAUUUGAUUGUUGCUUAUGGGGAAUCAGUUUCAUCAAGAAGAUAUCUACGUCGUGUUUUUCCUCGACACCUAGCAGAAAAACAAGAGGAAGAUGACAAUGAAAACAAAGGUGAUGAUGAUGAUGAUGAUGACGAGGACGAGAAAGAUUCUGAUGAAUCGUCUAAAAAAGAUAAAAAUGGUAGUGAUUCUGAUAAAUCGUCAAAGAAGAAGUCGUCCAAGUCUAAACGUCGUGAUCGCGAGAAAGCAGUUCAAAAUGCCAUAGCUAUAACUGCAUUGGUGACAUUUAUAUUUGCAGCAUUUAUCUUUUUAUGUUGUUGUAGGUGUUGUGGGAGUGGCAGAGUUAGACAAAAUGAUGAGAGGCCACUUCUCAGCAUGAGCAUGAGUGACUACUCUGUUGGUUCUUCUACAAAUAAUCACCCUUCAAAGAUGUCACUAAAAGAGGAGAAACAUGGAGUUCAAUCAAUAAGUAGUAGUACUUUCGUUGAUGACACAAAUAACUCAUUGCAAGAAGGUCAAAUAGCAAGUGCUGCUGCAAGACCAUCAUUUGAUCUUAAACCUCCACCUGGUAGGGUAGUAGCAGCUGGAAUUCCACCUUUGAAACCUCCUCCUGGAAGGAUUGAUCCUCUUCCACCAUUGGCUCAGCCUAUCGAUUACGCUGUAAAUCCUCCUCCUCCUCCACCUCCUCCAGGACUAAUACCAAGCCCCAACGGUGGUGGUCCUAGGCCUCCUCCACCACCACCACCACCGCUGAAGUCUGGCAAUAGUGGUCCUAGGCCUCCUCCACCACCACCGCUAAAGCUUGGCAAUGGUGGUCCUAGGCCUCCUCCACCACCACCACCUGGUGCAAAACUAGGUGGUCCUCGUCCACCACCGCCUCCUAGGAGUGGUUCCGGUCCUCCAAGACUUCCACCAUUUGGCCAAAAGAGUCCUAAACCUUUAGCUAGUGCACCAAAGGUUCAAGGGAGUGUUGAAGUUGUUUCAGAAAGUGAAAGUGAUGUUCCAAAAGCUAAGUUAAAGCCUUUUUUCUGGGAUAAGGUUCAAGCCAACUCAGAUCAAACUAUGGUUUGGAAUCAACUAAAAGCAGGAUCAUUCCAGUUUAAUGAAGAAAUGAUGGAAACACUUUUUGGCUAUACUGCUCCACCAGCGGAAAAAGGCAAAGCUGGACAGAAGAAAGAGUCUUCCUUCAAUGAUCCUACACCUCAGUUUAUCCAAAUUGUUGACUCAAAGAAAGCACAAAACUUAGCAAUUCUGUUGAAAGCGUUGAAUGUGACACUAGAAGAAGUUCGAGAUGCCCUACUUGAAGGAAAUGAGCUCCCUACAGAAUUCCUUCAUACCUUGAUGAAGAUGGCACCAACCUCAGACGAAGAACUUAAGCUUAGACUUUACAAUGGUCAUAUUUCUCAACUUGGUCCUGCGGAUCGCUUCCUGAAAGCACUGGUUGAGAUUCCAUUUGCUUUUAAACGAAUGGACGCAUUGCUUUACAUGGGAACUCUUCAAGAAGAACUCACCAUGACCAGAGACUCUUUUUCAAUUUUAGAGAUUGCUUGUAAGGAACUAAGAAGCAGUAGAUUGUUCCUCAAGCUUCUUGAAGCUGUUCUUAAAACAGGAAACCGAAUGAAUGAUGGAACAUUCCGCGGAGGUGCACUUGCAUUCAAACUCGACACGCUGCUAAAAUUAUCUGAUGUAAAAGGAGUAGAUGGAAAAAUCACACUUUUACACUUUGUUGUCCAAGAGAUAAUCCGAACAGAAGGAAUAAGAAAAGCUCGAAUGGUGAAAGAAAGUAGUAGUUUCUCUAGUAUAAAAACUGAUGACCUUCUCGAAGACAUUACACACGAAUCAGAAGAUCACUACCAUGAACUCGGUCUUGAAGUUGUUUCACAUUUGAGCAGCGAACUCGAGAAUGUGAAGAAAGCAGCAGCAUUAGAUCCUGAUAGUUUGAUAGGAACAACAGCUAGAUUAGGCCAUGGUUUAAUAAAAACAAGAGAUUUCGUAUACAAAGACUUGGCGAACAAUGUAGAGAAUGAUAAAGGUUUUCAUGAGACAGUUAAGAGUUUUGUUGAAAAAGCUGAAGUUGAUGUCACAAAAUUGCUUGAAGAUGAGAAGAAAAUCAUGGCUCUUGUUAAAAGUACUGGUGAUUACUUUCAUGGGAGUUCAGGGAGAGAUGAAGGGUUGAGAUUGUUUGUAAUAGUACGCGAUUUCUUAGUAAUGUUGGAUAGAGUAUGCAAAGAGAUUCAAAAAGUACCAAGGAAGCCAACAAAGAAUGUGAAACAAGAUACUAAGCAAGACACUGCUAGUCCUAGUGCUAACUCUAGAGGUUCGUCGUCGGCCUCGGAAAAUCGUCUUCCGCCUCCUGAUAUUCGACAGCGAUUGUUUCCAGCAGUGGUAGAUAGGAGAGUGGAUGAUUUUAGUUCAGAUGAUGAUGAGAGUCCAUAGGUUCAAUUCAAGUUGAAAGUGAAAUUUGUAACAUUCUUUUUUCUUCUAUGGUCAUGUCAUUCACUUACUAACAUAUCCUUGUAUAGUUUUGUUAGAGAGAUGUGACUAAUUUAUUUGCUUACUUGUCUAAUUCUGAAAAGGGUGAUUUUGUUGUUGAUCAUUGAUAUAAUCUAAAUGUACGUAGAGUCAUGGUUUUGUUGUG